AUGGCCUUCCCUCUCCCUCGAGGCGUCACCGUCUCGGAGAUCGCCUUCCUCGCAGAGAUGGAAACGGUGACAGUUGUUCCCCGCCAGCGACUCGAAGGCCUCGAACUACUCGGAGGUCCCGUUGAGCCUCUUGCUCCUCCACGUCGCGCAUCUCUCCCCCUCUGGCUCGCGCUCCUCCUCAAGCGCCAGCGCCGCGCCAAUAUAAUUCCACCAGCAUGGCUACACCCCGAACCUUUGAGCUUGAUCCUCGACGUCGAAUCCCAGCACCAGGACUACCAGAAUGCCUUCUCCCCGCCCCCUCCUUUACCUGGCCAACCCAGCGUCCUGGACCGCAAUGCGACGGCGUCUGCGAAGCCGCAGUACACUCCAGAUGGCGACCGGUACUAUCCAGCACCGCCAUUCCUACCACACAACACUGCGCAAACUACAUCUUCGCGGGACACGCCCUCACUACCCUUCCAUUGGGUCGAAGUCGGCAAUCUAUUACUGGAAUCUGCCAGUGAUGAUCUCGUGGAGCCAGAUCAGAUUCGAAGACUGUUGAAGGAUUUGCGCGAAGUGCGGAUGUCGAAGAUGAGGUCUGGUGUGGAUGUGCUGGAUGAAGCAGCGACUGGCGGCGGAGGCGUUGCGCUGACUGGUGUGGGCUCUAUGGAAUUGGGAGAAGAGCGUGGAUUCAUCACCGGCGUGGUGGAUGGUCUCAGGAAGAUUGGGACUUCCAAGGAGCAAGCCCGGCGCGAACAGAUGGCCGAGCAGAGGGCCGCUGGUGGGUAUAACGGCACGCAAGAAGAGGAAGAAGAAGAUUAUAUGGAGUUCUAA